CUGGAAAGAUAUCACUAUUAUCAUGGAUACUCCAACAUACGCCAACUACCUACCUGACGAAUUACUACUGGAGAUUCUGAGCUAUGUCCCCCGCGAUGUGGAACACCAGCACGUUCUAGCUACCUUUUGCGCCGUGAACAGGCAAUGGUACGAUGUCGGAGUCGCCACCCUCUACGAAGCUCCCCAUUUGACCGGCUGGCGCUACAGCCUCUUCGUUCGCACAGUCUGCCCAUCUAUCAUUCCACGCAUCAAGAAGUCGCAGUUGGCCGGCUUAGUGAAAGUCCUCAACCUAUCCACCAUCGUACAUCAAGGCACCAAAUCCACCACUGCGCGCUUGCUUGGACGCACAAAGCCCUCGCUCGAAACCUUCAUCGCUCCGCAAGCCUCCUUUGCUAUCAAUUGCUGGGCCAGUCUGAGCAAAUGCACGCGAUUGCAUACCCUUGACCUUAGUCUAGUUAGCGAAGCCAUUAGCUACCAAAGUCUUAGCCAAACUCUCAAACAACUCACCGAACUAAAACGCCUCUCCCUCCCUCGAUGUUCCACAAACUAUGAUGACGACGGUAUCUAUGAAAAGCGCCUCGUCUGGCCUCCACGUUUGGAGCACCUCGCCCUCUCCGGCUCUGUCAAUGGCAAAUUUCUAUGGGAAAUGAUGCGCCAGCCCGACACGUUCCCUCCAACACUCUACAGCAUGAGCAUUCUACACUGCCCAUCCCUCGACUACAGCGGCAUAAAACCCCUCCUCGAAAAUCUCGCCGCGACGCUGACUACCGUCACCCUCCGUGAUCUCCCGGCUGUUAAGCAGGGCCGCUUUAACGGCAUCCUUGACUGGCUUCCGCGCCUUGAAAACCUCACCAUUGCAACUGACUACAUCGACUGCGAUUUUGGAAAUCGUCCACCAGAAUUCACAUUCGUUGAUUGGAUACAUGCCAAGUCUCUAGAAUCCUUGACCCUUCUCUCGUCAGGAAACUCCUCCGCAGACCCUGAUCUCGCUUUCUCUAUCCCCGAUCUGUACGAGCUCAUCGAUACCAGAUAUCUAGGUCGGCUACGCUAUCUCACAAUCGCAAAAAGCCUAGGAUGGGAGAACUUCGGUGAAGGCGCGGAGCUUGAGGCGCUCGGCGAAUUACUAGUUGACGAACUGGAUAAAGAAAACUGGACACAUCGCCGGUGGCACUAUGCAGGGUUAGGGAGAGUCAAACAGGGGAUGGGGUAUAGGGAGUGGAUUGCGAAGACCGGAAUCGGUAGGAGGUUGAGAGCCAGACUUGUUGUUUUGGAUAAUCGCUGA